AUGGUCGGAGGGGGUUAUACCUUUGUACUGCCUUGUUUAUUGGUAUCCACAGCACAUGUCUGGUGCUCGGUAAGCCAAGGACACUGUACUUCGUUAUCCAACUCUAUUCAUGCAAAGGAACUCCCACUGUUCUCGACCAGCAUGGGGCCUCACAGCUUGUCCUUUGAUCGUCCUUCCGACCUCAGCCCAGAAUGUCGAGACCUGAUCAUCUAUCUCGCUCAUGAGCAUCUUUUACAGGCCUCGAUUGUGGCGCCUCUGGUUAAAACUCGCGAACACUUGGUACAGUACCGCCAGAUGCUAGCCACAGGUAUUCAGAUGCUUGAGACAGUGAUCCGCGACGCCAACUGCCCUCAGAGUACUCAAGCAUACUCGGCAUACAUUCUUGCUCAGGUUCUCUUCAGCGAGACUGAGUGUCUGGACCGUGUGGUGUCUGUGCUAGGUCAGGGAAUGAUUCUUGCUCAACGAAGUGGCUUAUCUGAUCUGGUGCUACAGAUGGAGUGUCUCAAUGUGAGAGCUCUGUGUAAGACCAGCAGAAAUGCUGCUCUCCUCCACUGCAACAAAUGCCUCGAUAAGUACCAGGGCAUGUACGACAACUAUGCAUACCACACUCUCCAGUUGCUACGCUUUGAUCUGACCCUUGACAACAGUUUGCCACAGGCUUUUGACAUUUUCAAGUCCUGGGAGACCCUUCCAGACAGUAUACCCAAGUCAUUCCUGCAACUGUACGGUAUUUCAAAGGCAUUAGACUACAAUGUUGGCAACUACGAAGAGACUCUACUCACCUUAGAUCACAUGAGAGCAUUUGAGGAGGCUUCAGAGUGCACUGAGACAAUCCCCCAGGUGGCCAUGCUUCGAUGCAUGAUGACUGUGUUGGUGGCUCUGCGUAGAGACUGUGACAUCCCCGUUAAGGAGGCCAGCAAGGCGCUGGAAACGCUGCUUCGGUCCUUGAACAGAAAGGCCAGCAAGAGGGAGAUGGUGUGGAAGAACUGGAACAUUGAUGGAACCAUCAAGUUGGCCGGAGCUCGGGGAAGUACAUUCAACAUUCAGUGGGUCACACAAAGCCAGUGUACCCAGUAUUGCUAUUAUCUUCUAGGACUGGCCGCACUUCGACACCACACGACUUUAAAGUAUGGACGUGAACUACUAAAGGACUGCCUCAAGCUGUUGGACCGUGAUCAGGAGGAUAUACCCAAGGAGCCUUUGCCGCGUGCCAGUAUAUCGCACAUAUCAGACAACACAGCGCAGAAGCUAGCACUCAGAUGCAAUGUCCAUCUGUACAUUGCUCUGGUGAAUUUCAGUGGCUUGGCAUACAAGAAGGGCCACCGUUCGUUUGAACGGUUUGUGACCCUUUCCAAGGGUCUACCUGAAGAAGCUUCUGAUGAUUUAUAUUCCAUGAGCUGUCUUGUGGCUGCUCUUUCUUCACAGACAUCGGGAAAAUGGAAGAAGGCUCUAAAGUACUACAAACGUAUUGAGUCAGAUGAUCCACUCUAUCCAGCAGCUCUAGCCAAUAUCUGCUGUAUCAACCCUUCAACAGCAAACAUGGACACACUCAAACAGCUUAUUAACGAGAUGUCACCAGAACAUCACGGAUUGAAACAUGCCAUGUUUGAGGUGAUUCGACUGGUGCAUGACACUAGUAACAUGUCUUCUCUUGACCGUCAAGAGAGCAUGAAGAAGGCACAGAAAGCCCUCCAUCUGGGUAUGACUCAACAGCUCUCAUACGCUACUACGCUUGCCUGUGUGGACAUGUUUGGAUCUACUGCAGAGAAGAAUCUGGAGCUUGGAAACGCAUUCAGAACUGCCCUAUCUGAAUCGGACUGUGUGUGGGCCUAUGUCAUUGGAGAGAAGAAGAAGGGGUAUCUCCACCAACUGGGACAAGAAGAGAAGCUCGAGCAGUUGAACACUAGCGUGGCGAACAUUGGAAAGCACGUUCACAUUCUUAUGGGCGAAGAAAAAUCUAUUUAA